AUGACAUCAAUGCUGGCAGCACCCGACAUGUCUUUUUCCUGCAAUGACGGCUCUAGCCCUAGCACUUCCUCUCAGGUCAGUUUUGAUCCGACCGCGUCCUUUUUCAACUACGAGAUUCCCAGAAGCUUCCAGACGAAGCCCCGCUCCGUCCGCGAGCCUCCGGGAGCUGAUGCCCCCAGAUUAAUCAAUCCCGGGCGAUUGGAGAUGAUGUUCGGGGACUUCCUCACCGCUGCGGAGCUGAAGCAUGGAGUGGUCGCGCCAACCGAGACGGCGGCUCGUGCUGUGAGCAUGCCUUACGAUGCUGACGAUGCGGACACAGGUCGUGACUUGAAGGCAUCGCAGGACGUACUCUACGUGCCGUUGAGAGAGCUGCAGCAACUGUCGCUGUACUGCGUGGAUGAUGCAGCUGACUGGCCGGACGAUUUGUUGCAGGAGUUCGUCCCCGGCGAUCUGACAACUAAGCUCGACAUGCCUGAAUGGCAGCCGUUUCUACGAGAGCGUCGUUUGUGGAUGUGCGCAGGAGGCCCAGAGGGCACUCGGCACCUCACAGCGGGCUUCCAUUGGGAUCACCUGCAGAACCUCCAUGCCGUCAUCAGCGGCAAGAAGGAGGUAUUUCUCGUAGCUCCUCUGCAAGCUCCAGCCUUGUAUGGAACGCGAUUCUCCAGACAAGCCCAGUGGAACAUGUCGACCUCGGAACAUGGAAGGAUCUUGCUGGAAAAGUGCGACAUGCAGUCGAUCGAGUCCACAUCUGAUUACACGCUCGUCUCCAUUGACCGGCGUUUCGAAGAGAACAGCUUGACGCAUCCGGCCAUGGUGGAGGAAAUGAAGGAACCGGUCGCUCGAGCUAUGCUGUACCCUGGUGAUGCUAUCUACAUCCCACCGGGUUGGUGGCAUUCCGUGCGCACUUGGCAGCCGCAAGCGCCAGAAGCACUGCCCUUCUCCAUGAGUGUGAAUUUCUGGUAUGAAAUGACGCCUGAAUCAGCGGCUGCACAGCGAUCCAUGCUUUUGACGCUGGAAGUGCUCUCCUGCCAGCACGCUUUGGCCGGACUUCCCGAGGAGCACAUCAGCAAACUCCUCAAGAAGCUGGGCGUGAAGGAAGAAAGAAUGGCAUUUGCCAGCACUCGUGGCCAGGUGUCCACUGAGAAGAGCCAGAAUGGCAGUGAACUUAACUUAGCUCUGCCGUCUGCAUCCGCUGUGUCAUCUUGUGGCUCUGCAGCCGCCGCGAUGCCGGACGGCACGCUGACAGAGGACAGCCAGUAUCCGAGUGAAGCAGAGCUGUCAUUCCCGUACUACUAUCAGGAGCUGCUGAGACACAGGGCGGAAGCAAGUGAUGCAGCCGAUCUCAAGACACAGGCAGUCCCAGUUUUGACAGGCAUCGCCCUCCUCACGGCGGUUCUGGCAGGCUGUUUACUGCUCUUGGCGCCCGAGCUCCUGACCAUGGGAGUGUUGGCCUACUGUCUGGGGCUCAGACAUGCCGUCGAUGCAGACCACAUCGCUGCGAUCGAUAACGUCACUCGGAGGCUCACCACCGGGGGAAGGCGGCCUGUUACUGUGGGCUUCUUCUUCGCGUUGGGCCACUCGACGGUCGUCGUAAUCGUGUGCGCACUGCUGGCGCUGCCGAGCCCACAGGUGCAUGAAGCCGUGAGGAGAGCAGAAUCGAGUGGUGGUCUUCUUGGAGCUACAAUCUCGGGUAGCUUCUUGGUGGCCAUCGCAGCGGUCAAUUUCUUCCUUCUGAUGCGGCAAGUGCAGUCGUGGAAAGAGCAGAGCAGAUACGGCGAGCACGAGCACACUGUGGCUGGCAUGUGCAUGACCUGCUGUCCGGGCAUGUUCACCGGAAUCACAGCUCCAUGGCAGAUGUAUCCUGUGGGUAUUGCAUUUGGCUUGGGCUUUGAUACCUCGAGCGAAGUAGCAGUACUGGCCAUGGUGGGCCUUUCGCAUAGCCUUGCACACCCAGUUUUCAUCAUGCUCCUCCCGCUGAUGUUCUUGGCAGGCAUGUGUCUUAUAGACACCAUCAAUGGAUUGCUCAUGGCUUUGGUCUACGGAUCUGGAGCCGACGGCAGCAUGCAGCGACUGUAUUACAACAUGUUCUUGACAGCAACAUCCGCUGUGAUUGCCUUGGCCGUCGGGGCGCUAGAGCUGCUGGGUGCUUUUGCAACGCACGAAGGUCUCCACAGCACUUCAUGGAGAUUUAUCGUGGAGCUCAACAACAACUUCGAGAUAGUCGGAAUGAUCAUCAUCUUGUUCUUCUUGUCAAGUGCGGCUACAGCCUUUUGCUGCUUCAAGUUUGCCUUCCCCGACGGCAAGGCCCCAGAACCGGCACGCCAAGAUCUUCUGAAAUACAUCCAGAAAGGGGAGUUUAUCGACCGAUCGGGAGUUUGA